CGACACUUCAAUUGCCAGGCUCACAACUAACGGCCUCUUGCUCAUCUUUGUGUCCACCACCACCACAUGAGCAGCGCCAAGCCAUUGCUGUCCAAACGUCAGUCGUCGUCCUCCUCUUCCUCCAAUGGCAUCAUGCACAAAUGCCAGCUUUCGACCAAUCGCAGUCCAAAAAAGGUGUGUUUGGUCGGGUCGGGCAACUGGGGCUGCGUGAUUGCUCGAAUCAUUGCGGCCAACAUGGCGUCAAGCCCCGACGUAUUUGACCCUGUGCUCACCAUGUGGGUGUUCGAAGAGACUGUGGACGGCCGCAAAUUGUCCGAGAUCAUCAACAGCGACCACGAAAACGUCAAGUACCUGCCGGGGUACAAGCUCCCGACGAAUGUGGUGGCCGUGCCGGACCUGAAAGAGGCCGUGACGGGGACCGACGUGUUGAUAUUUUGCGUGCCGCACCAAUUCUUGGGCAAAAUGCUGCCUCAGAUCAAGGAGCAAGGGCUCGUGCCCGACUGCAUUGGUGUGUCGUUAAUCAAAGGCAUCGAUUUCGACGACCAAGGAGUUGUGUUGGUGUCGAGUAUCAUACAAACCGCCCUCGACAUUGAUUGUAGUGUGCUCAUGGGGGCAAACGUGGCCAACGAAGUUGCGGCGGGCGACUUUUGCGAGUCCACGCUGGGCUGCAACGACUUGCGCCAUGGGGCGUUCCUGCAAGACCUGUUCCACACCAACCGAUUCCGGGUCAAUGUGGUUCUGGACCCCCAUGGCGUCGAGUUGUGCGGCGCGCUCAAGAACGUGGUCGCGUUGGGCGCGGGGUUCUGCGACGGCCUCGGGUACGGCGGCAACACCAAGGCGGCAAUCAUCCGGUUGGGGCUGAUUGAAAUGAAGAAGUUUUGCUACCGGUUCUUUGAUGGGAUCAAGGAGGACACGUUCUUUGAGAGCUGCGGCGUGGCGGAUCUGAUCACGACAUGCUUUGGCGGCCGGAACCGCAAAUGUGCCGAACUGUUUGUCAAAGACAAGGGCGUGACGUGGGAAGAGAUGGAGGCGACGGUGCUGAAUGGGCAGAAGCUCCAGGGCACGUGGACUGCCAAGGAAGUGUACCGCAUCAUCGAAAAGACCCACUCGUUGCCCGAAUUCCCGCUAUUCGUGGCCAUCUAUCGCAUAGCGUUUGAAGGUGCCGACGCGUCGACCCUGGUGGACGUGUAGGCAGUUGAAACAUGAUCCGAGGAAUGCUAUAGACGCUUGCAAAUUCGCGUUGACUACCAGUAUACUCCGAGUAGUAAUUAGUAACUGUUGUAUGUGCU